CAGUUUCAAUUCAAGUCUCGGGACGAACGCACGAUUGAAGAGCACGAUUUACUUUCUUUCUUUCAUUGGCAACGCGCGCGAGAUUUUUCGGAAGAUUCGUCAGUCAAACGGUUGUCCAUUGUCGUCGGCGGUUAUCCUUUACUGUUGGUGCGUUGCGAGUGCCGCUGUGUUUCCUUCCUGUGCGGUCGUCUGUUGGGCGCAAGCAAGAAGACUGGUUCCACUGACUGACUGGUCAGAGAGUGUCGAGCGCGUUUCUUCCGCUGGUUCAAUUCAGUCUACUUUGAACCAACGGUCCGAACGGAAGGACUUUCGGAACUGCCAAUAGAUCUCGAAUCCCAUCGCCUACACAGCCUCCGGUUGUUUAGUGUUCGCUUAGAGUUUGAUGAGAUUUCGGGGUGAAGAUUAGGAUCCCAUCAGAGAUUUUCUAUCGCAUUCAGAAAAAAAGUUUACGGGAUUUUUCACUUUCCUCUGCGUGCUGUUCAGUGCGUUAACCGAAACGAAAUAGGACUGUGAAUAGUGAAGUGUGAGUAAAUCAACUGUAGUGUAGUGUACAGGGGGUGUGAUUUGAAGAUUUGCAACGCUCACGGUGCGGUGGUGACUACUGAAGAUUGGAUGCUGAGAUCUCCCGUGGUCCCGAACAAGGAUUGAUCAUCAACGCUAUAUUUUACGGGCGGGAUUGAACCACCCAACAACGACAACAAGCCGGCGGCGUGGCGUGAUUGGAAGCUAACGGAAAAUUGAAAGCAAACGACGGGACGACGGGAAACAUGUGCUUAACGACGUGCUCCGAAACGAACCGGCUGUGACUAUUUAGCAGAAGCGAGGCAUCUGCUGCGGGUGGAUGAACGACAAGCCUGUAACUUAAUCUACCGGCUCUAAUGUGCGUCAUCUCGUGAGUUUGAUGGGUUCAGUGAUUGGCGGGAGUCGAUGGUUUUAAUAAGUGCUAAUCGUCCGGGCGGUGACGCAUAUUAAUAAGAAGAAAAUGGAUCAUUAUCCGGGGUUUUAAGAAUGGAAAUUGUGUAACCCUUUCGAAGUUCUCAUUGCCACAAUGAAGAACCAUGCCAACUGAAUGUGCUUUCAGUUGAGCAGUAAUCACGUGUGAUGUUCUAUGUGUGUGGCAAUGCGAUGCGUACAUGCGGAAAAUAGCAAAAGAAGAUCGUGGCAAUCAUAAUUCAUCAAAGUGCUCUCAAAGUGUUCCAUCAGUGUCCCUCCUCCACCUCAGAAGCGAGGCAGUGCGUGCAUUUUCCAAUCGUGUCCGAUGUCCCCACACUAGAGGGUGCAUUCGUUUCGCUAGGGCAACUGGCACUACUGGCCCUGGUUGCACUAGCCGUCGAGAUUGCUCAGGUCGUUGGUGGUGAUGACACAUCCUCUGUCACCAUCCACCACCGCACAGUGCUUUUUCCGGGUGUCCUGGCGAACAACGCAACAACAACGACGACCGCAGGACUUUUAGACGCACUCAGCGAAACCGUAGGGAAGCUCUUCGCAGCAGCAGUAGCUGCUGCCAACGAGUCCUCCGAGGCCGACGCCGCCGACCAACUGGGCUACAACGGAAGCUCGGCGUUCGAUAACGGUGGUGGUGGUGGUAUUGCUGGUCGAUUGGUACUGAAUGCUACCGGUCAGGUGUUUGAAAAUGAGUUCAUCAACGGCAGUGGCAGCACCCACGCCGGAACCAGCAUCAUCAACGGUAGCUACAACGAGUCCUACAGCGAAAUGCCGCAGAUCCCGGAGUACAUACGGGCGACCUCGAUGGUGUUCUGCAUUAUCAUCAUGUGCUUGGGAGUCAUCGGAAACAUCAUGGUGCCGAUCGUCAUCCUCAAGACGAAGGAUAUGCGCAACUCGACCAACAUCUUCCUAACCAACCUAAGCAUCGCCGAUCUCCUGGUGCUGCUCGUCUGUACGCCCACCGUUCUGGUCGAAGUGAAUUCCCCGCCAGAGGUGUGGGUACUUGGAGAGGAAAUGUGUAAAGCGGUGCCCUUCGUGGAGCUGACGGUGGCCCAUGCGAGCGUCCUGACCAUCCUAGCCAUAUCCUUCGAGCGGUACUAUGCCAUCUGCGAACCGCUCAAAGCCGGCUACGUGUGCACCAAGGCCCGAGCUCUGAUGAUUUGUCUGGCCGCGUGGACCGUGGCAGCCAUCCUGACGAGCCCGAUUCUGAUGAUCUCAUCGUACGAAUACGUGGAGUACGUCAACGGAAAAAUGGUCGCAUCAUGCCUGACGCCGGUGGAAAACUUUUGGCAUGCCACCUUCUUCGUUGCCAGCAUCGUGGUGUUCUUCAUCGUACCGUUGCUGAUUUUGGUAGUCCUGUAUUCCGUUAUCGCGAAAAACCUGAUGGACAAUCCCGGCAUCAUAAUGUCCAACGCGAGCGGCAACCGGAACAAUGUGAUCAAGUAUCGCAAACAGGUCAUCUUCAUGCUGGGGGCCGUCGUGGUCAGUUUCUUUUUCUGUCUACUCCCCUUUCGAGCGCUGACCCUGUGGAUCAUCAUCGUGCCCAGCGAGAAUAUCAUUUCGAUCGGGAUUGAACGAUUCUACAUCCUGCUGUACUUCUGCCGAAUAAUGCUGUACAUGAACUCGGCCAUCAAUCCCAUACUGUACAACCUGAUGUCGUCAAAGUUCCGGAACGGGUUCCUUCAGCUGCUGGGAUGCGGAAAAAUAAUCCGCUCGGAUAGCAUUUCUUCCGGAGCCCGGAAAGGAACAUUCCACACGGCUUCGACCAAUCUCAGCAGUUCUCACAACAGUUCCUACCAGAGACGGCUCACCAGAGAGGGAAGCAGCGUGAGUGGAAGCAUCCGAGCCAUCUCGGACAACAGCCGAAGACGGUUACUUCACCAGCGACACAGCAGUACGAUAUCGAUCAGGUCUUCCCAUGACGAGCAGAACAAUGGGGCAGGUGGAAACGGGGGUUCCAUUCCAACCGGAAACGGCAACCUCGAAACCACUCCGUUAAAGGCCGAUAAAAUUGACGAACUAGACGAAACGACAAACUCACUGCCAAAUGGUUACGGUUUCCAUAGUAUUAAGGAUGUCACAGGCACAGCCGGUGGCAAUAGUUGUAAUGUUAGUGUAAGGACUACCAAUAGCUGUAAUGGCAAGACUAGUCAUCGGAUGAAUGGAACUGUUUCGGUAGAACCGAAAGCCGUUCACCAAACGGACAAUAAAUAUCUUAUAGUAAGGGCAGCGGUAGUAGUGAUGCGAGAGCUGUCGGAAGAAGACGGAAAGCUGCCACCUUCGCCACCCGCCGAACAUAGUUCGGCGGAAGCGACGGAAGUUACGCUGAUUCAAAGUGCACGCGGAAGCGAGCAAAUAGUGUCUAUCAUCACUGCCAAAGAACGAACGAACGGGAACUGUGUCAAUAGGGCGCUGGGAGUGGAUGUACAGGGGAUGAAAGAGAACGCAGUAGCUUCCGAUGAGAUUACUAAAAUACGGCAGUUUUAUGGCUCGAUGGAAUGUGAUAUCUAGGCAAGCUGCAAGCUUUUUUUUAGGAAUGAUAUUCGGGGUGUACCUAAUGUUAGGGAAAUUGGAGGGGCGAUGUUUCACAAGGGUGUUAAUCGAAUCAUAUGCGACAACACAAAAUAGAGAACUCUAUAGUAUUGACUAAUACAUUCUAUUUAUUGUAAGGGAAACGAAAUCAAUUUCUGUAAUAAAACAUGUGUUUGAA